GAAUGCAGCUGGUUGUGAUCAUCGGAAUCCGGAUGUGAUGAAAAUGUUUCAGCUCAAAGUUUCUCCAGGAGCAGCAGCUCGAGCGCGCGGGACUCUCGCGCACAAACUCAUUAUUCAGUGUCUGCUUGACAGAGAUUUUUUGCACUAUUUUUGGGUGGAAUCUGAUAGUUUUUAAGGAGUUUUGAUCCCAAGCAGGGUAUUAAGGAAACUUUUUCUAACGGUACGCCGGUUUUGCCUGAAAAAAAAGGAUGCGAAUAAAGGAGUUUCGCCGUUGACAUGUUUGAAAGGUUUGAGGGCUGAUUGCGUGGGGCAUUGUUGUUUUUUUGGGUGUGUUUAGUAUCUAAACAUCUGGCUCAUGUCCUCGGAGACUAUUUUACCUCCGGAGGGGCCUGAAGGGCCAAAAAAGCAGCUUCAAGAGGAGACAAACCCACUCCUGUCAAAAUCAACAGAUAAAUGCAACAGCUGCACUGAUGAAUCAUCGGAUGCUACGGAAACAUCCCAAACUCCGAUACCAGGAGAUCACACUUCAGACGAGCAGGGUCACAUGACUGGGGAGAAUCACACCCAUGAUGGUCUUGUUAGAACUCAACCUCAGCCUCUUCCCCAGCCAGCAACAUCCCUGCAGCAUGCCAUUGAUGGAGAGGCUGCCAGGCAGCAGAAUGGUCUGCACACAGUGCUAAGUAAUGGCCAUGGCACGCCCCGCGGGGUCACACAACCACCCUCCGCCGGCCACACCUCCGAGCCUAGGAAGCACCCGUCGCCCGUCUCGCACCGUGUGCAAAGAAAGCUUCGCUCUAGCCUGUCGGUCAACAGCGACAGCAGCAGAAGGAGUAAAAGCAGCUCGAUGGGUUCCCAUAAACCUGGCUCUACUCCAGAGGACUGCUGUGUCCACUGCAUCCUGGCCUGCCUUUUUUGUGAAUUUCUCACUCUGUGCAAUAUGGUGGUGGCUCAGGCCUCGUGCGGCACCUGCACAUCAGAAGCCUGUUGCUGCUGCUGCUGCGCAGACGACCUGGGAGACGACUGCAACUGCCCCUGUGACAUGGACUGUGGCAUUAUGGAUGCAUGCUGUGAGUCUUCGGACUGCCUGGAGAUCUGCAUGGAGUGCUGCGGAAUCUGUUUCCCAACAUAAAAGCCCAGAUGCAUGCAGGCAACAGCCAGGACAGAUGUUGAGCGAGAAAGAGUGAGUGUGUGUGUGUGUGAAUGAGAGCUACUGAGUGUGUUCUUUUCACACUUGUGAAAAAUCUGUUCCUGAGCUCAAGAUGACCAUAAAGGUCAUACAAAAGGACAAAAAUCCAUUAUGUACUUCACAUAUCCUCGUAGACUAAAAGUGCACACAAGCAUAGAUAUUCAGCGCUUUAUAUUCAAUGCUUUAAUGUAUCAGAGCUUGUCCUAUUUACUGUUUCAACUGAGUUUUCAUCUCUUUUUGCAGAGGUUUUUAACAUGUUUCUUUUAUUUUCAACGAUAUUUCACACUUUAUAAUUUUAAAAACUUGCAGAUGUUGAAAUUAAAACGGUAGACGUCACAUGACUUGAGGUCGCUCUGCACAUCACUGUAAUUUGAGUGGAAACAUAGCGCUUUCACACUGUCAGAGGUCAAGCCUUUGUGGGUGUUAAGUGGGAUUCUUAUUUUGAACUGUUUCUGAAAAACAGAGAGGGCUGUUUAAAUGAUAGCCAGUUUUGUAAGUCUUUAUUUAAACUGUGUCUACUGUAGCUCACUUAAUUAAAAUGUCCCUAAGUUCUUGAAAUGACAUUAGCAAUUUAGCUUGCUGGUGCUUUAAAGAUACACAAAAGAACUGGAUACACGGAAUGGACCCUUUUCACAUUUCCAGGUUUCUCAGAAGCGGAAGUCGUUAUAGUUGGGUAAACUUCUAUAGCUGUGAAUGAGAGACUACAUUAAAGGAUUAGUUCACUUCAGAAUUCAAAUUUCCUGAUAAUUUACUCACCCCCAUGUCAUCCAAGAUGUUUGUCUUUCUUUCUUCAGUUGAAAAGAAAUUAUGGUUUUUGAGGAAAAGGUUCCAGGAUUUUUCUCCAUAUAGUGGACUUCAAUGGCUGCCAAUGUGUUGAAGGUCCAAAUUGCAGCUUCAGUGCAGCUUCAAAGGGCUCUACACGAACCCAGACAAGGAAUAAAGGUCUUAUCUAGCGAAACAAUUGGUCAUUUUCUAAGAAAAAUUUAUAUACUUUUUAACCACAGAUGCUCUUCUUGCACUAGCUCUGCGAUGUGCCACGCAUUACGUAAUCACGUUGGAAAGGUCACACGUUGUGUUUACCUCAACAACCUUAAUUUUUUUAUUAAGAAAAGAAAGAAAGAAAGCCUUGGAUGGCAUAAGGGUGAGUAAAUUAUCAGGAAAUUUGAAUUCUGAAGUGAACUAAUCCUUCAAGUAUAUACUUUUUGUGUUCCCAUUUGCUCAAAUAGCAAAAGAAAAACUCCUCAAUAGUGUUUUCACAACUUUCAAAAAGAGGAAAAAAUAGAGAUUAAUGUCAGUUUUACUGUCACUCCCUCAACCGCUGUAUUAGAAACAUCCUAACUAGGUUUUUUGUAAUUUGAUGCAAAGGUAAUAUAAUACAAAGUAUAGUGCCAUAAAUGUACAUACAUUUAAAAAAAAAAAAAAAAAAAGAAACUAUAAAAAAAACUUUUACGAUGCUGAUGAACAUGUCAUCACAGUCUGUGAAAAGGGUCCAUAGUGUAGAAUGCAGAUGCCGAAAUCCAUUUUAUGCAUCUUGCAAGUUAUGCAUAAACUUGACUUUUUUUUUUAAAUUAAGCCUCUGCUAAAUAUACACUAUAAAAGCACCUUUUUGCUUUAGUACUUAGGUGAAAACUGAACACACUAUUGCAAAGUGUUACUUUUCUUGACUGUUAAAUCAUACAUGUAAUUCAGAUUGCAUUGCCUGAGACCUUCUUGUGAAUUGUACAAAGCUGGCAUUUGUCGGCAUUACGUAAGCUUAUGUUAGCAUCAUAACGUUAACACAGUUAGUUUUUGUUCAUAGUGCGUAAUGCCUCCGGUACGUCGUGUGUUUGUGAUUCGUCUGACUCAUCUCGUCAAAACUGCUUACGACAUACUUGCCAAACUGCACUUCAGAACACAGUGUGACAGAACUGACCUGAAACUUUCAACUGAAACCGGUUCAAAACAAACAACUUUACCUCUACAGACUUUACCUCUCCAGAAUCAGACUAGUUCUUGUGUGUCUUUUGACGAGACCCACUUUUAGACCAAACUGACUAAGACUGGCUCUUUUACACUGAAAAUAUGCAAAAAAUAUAGUUGACUUAAGAUUUUAUAGAAGUUUGUUGUUACUGUAAAGGCUUUUCAAAUGAAUAAAAUGCAUUUUAAUAGUAAGCAAACUAAAACUCAAGUCAUAUUUUUAAAAUUUUCAUUUCCAAGUUCAUUUUAAUCAAUUUCUUAACAUAUUUAAGAAAGCUUAAAAAUACAAAUAAAUACAUUGAUACCAAAAUAUACACUGACAUAAAUACAUUAAUGUAAAAUCUCCUUUCUCAGAGAAAAAGAUUGAGAUAGAAAAGGAAAUACCUUUUAGAGACAGUUGUUUAAAUUUAAUUGCAAAUCUGUAGCUGAUUGCAAUUUCAGACGACCAGACAAAGAUGUAAUAGUCUAUAAAAAAAAAAAAAUCAUGUUUUCCACAUAAAAAAAUUCAGGUUCUAUAAUUCUGAAACAUUUUUUUAAAAAAAGAAUGUGAAUAAAGCUUAGCAUUUUUAUCUGUCCAGCAUACUGUAUUCAGCAGAGUUUGAUGUUUUUAUGUGUUUCCUCUUUGUCCUUAAAUCACUUUUUAAAUAUCUGCAGUAUGUACCAAGCGUUGUUUUGUUAAUGGACCAUCAACAUUACAAUUUUCUAAAAAUAAAAUGUUAAACUGGA